AUGGAGCAUCAUAUGACCUGUGUAGGCCCGCAUCCCGAUGUUGAUACACUGGAGUACCAGAAGGCCCAAGUAGAAGGAUGUUCCUGGGGAGAAUAUCGACUCAUUCCGAGUUUCGGAUCUGUCAAAUUCACAGUGCGUCUAGCAGUAGCCAUGGCAGGACUUGCAAUGGCCUUUGCCACUAUACCAGCUGUUCAGACUUCUGGUGGUGAAGCCCAACCUCAUCACCUACGGCAACCCCGACGCCACUUAGCGCUUGAUUUCCUGCACGGGUGUCGAGAUAUUGACCCUGAAAGCUACUUGCCCCUUGAUAAGAGUCUCAACAUAUCCGUGCAGCACUCACUCCCUACCACGGAAACCCUCGCACGACACAUUCAAAACUGCCAUGACUCGGCUCGAGUGCUGGCAGCUUUCACCAAUCAUGAUCUGCCCUGUGCGCUCCGGGGCCCCCCAACCGACAACAAGGUUACAAGACUACGAUUGGUCUUGUCGCAUGGCUACAAGCUCGUCAUCGAUGGUCAUACUCAACUGACGGCCACCAUAGAACGUUGGCACGAUGCCUCGUCCCCAUACUACCAUGACGCUUUAAAGGAUGCAGAAGCCGUGCGCGAUAAGGCUAGAAUGCCGUGGCAUCAGAUUGCUAUCGUCUCACACCAACCGAUUCCAUACUGGACGGCUUAUGGUGGUGCAUGGAGAAGGCAAAAUAGCGCUCAAAUAUGGCUUGAUGAGGUCUCUAGCAUUCUCGUGAAUUAUGAAGCCGAUGGAGAGUCCCUCGUCGCUGAUGGCCACCGCAUUGAAAAGUUUGCGACUGAGCUUUUUACGCUGAUGGUUUCUUUGGAUAACGGCGCCCCCGGACCUUGGGGCCGGACGGAUGCUUUGACGCUGAAGAAGUGGUAUUUCCACAAGCUGGCAGAAUUUGGUGAGGGGAAGUGGAAACGGGCAAGCUUCGAGGCGGAAUGGGAUGGCUUGGAUUGUGGAUUGGUCUGA